AUGAACCAAUCAGGCACGAACCAAUCAAGUUUAUCAGACUCGAACCAAGCAGGCAUAAACCAGCCAAGCACAAGCUCACUUGAUAUGAACCAAAUGGACAUGAACCAACGGAGUUCAAGCCUAUAUGAAAUGAUCGAAGUGGACAUGAAACAACCAAGCAUGAGCCAAGCUGGCAUGAGGCAAUCAGGUACAAACCUACCAUACAUAAACCAACCCGACAUGAAACAACCAGGCACAUGGCAAUUAGGUAGGAGCCAACCAGGCAUGUGGCCACAAAGCCUGAGCCAACUAGUCCUGAGUGAAGCAGGCAUAAGCCAACCAGGUCCAUCGCAACCAGGCCCAAGCCAAUCAGGCCCCAGACAAUCAAGCACGAGCCAAGCAGGCACAAACCAAUCAGGUAUAAGCCAACCAGUGAUGUGGCAACUAGACAUGAGACAGUCAGGUAGGAGCCAACCAAGCAUGAGACAAGUAGGCACCAGCCAAUCAGGCACAAGCCAAAUAGGCAUGAGCCAACCAGGCACAUGGCAAACAGGCCUGAGCCAACCAGUCCCGAGGCAACCAAACAAGAGUCCACCAGACAUGUGGCAACCAGGCAUCAGCCAGCAAGUCCCCAGCCAACUAGGCAUGAGACAACCAGGCACUAGCCAAUCAAGUAAGAACCAAACAGGCAUGAGCCAUCCAGGCAGGGGUCAACCAGGCAUAUGGGAAGUGGGGCCGAGUCACCCAGGCCUGAGCCAACAAGACCUGAACCAAUUAGUGCUGAGUCAACCAGGCCUGAGUCAACCAGGCAGGAGCCAAACAAGCGUGAGCCAAAUGGGCAUGAGGCAAACAAGCAUGGAUUACUUUCAAAUAAGACAUGCAGAGGCUGGAGACUGCCCAGAAAUUUUGCGACUGAUUAAAGAAUUGGCUGCCUGUGAAAACAUGCUAGAUGCAAUGGAGUUAACAGCAGUUGAUUUACUCAGAGAUGGCUUUGGGGACAAUCCCCUUUUCUACUGCCUGAUUGCAGAAGUAAACAAUCAACAAAAACCAUCAGGCAAACUGACUGUUGGAUUUGCCAUGUACUACUUUACAUAUGACUCACGGACUGGCAAGGUACUUUACCUAGAGGACUUUUACGUCACACAAGCUUACCAAGGCCUAGGUAUUGGAGCUGAAAUGCUGAAGAGGCUAAGUCAGAUAGCCAUCAGAACUCAAUGUAACUGCAUGCACUUUCUUGUCGUCAUUUGGAACCAGGCUUCUAUCGACUACUAUACUAGUCGAGGGGCUUUAGACCUUUCCUCUAAGGAGGGCUGGCAUCUCUUCAGGUUUAACAGAGAAGAACUCCUGGACAUAGCAUGGGAAGAAUGAAAGAGGCCUUGUAACAACUCAUCCCAACACAGCCUCCAACAUUUGACUGUCACCUGAGUCUAACAGCAGUUUGACUUUGUUGUACAAUACAGCAAAUGAUCAUCACAUUAUUGUUUGAGCAGAUCUUUUAUUUUGAAACAGAUUUUGUAGCUCUAGUCAACUUUCCAUUAUCCAAACCAAUAUUCUAACGGCUAGUAGCAGUAGUGAUAAUCCAAAAGAGCAGAUAAUUUAAAAGUCACUUAUACUUAGCUUUGUGCUAUUUUUUACCUACCAUAUUUCAUCAAAAUUAAGAUGCUUCUUUUUUCACAAUUUGACAUAUCUGAUGUUGGGAUAAAUGUAAUGAUCAACUGGCAGCAUUUUUUGUUUGUUUUUAGAGGCAGGAUCUUGCUAUGUUGUUCAGGCUGGUCUCAAACUUUUGGCCUCAAGCAAUCCUCCCACUUCAGCCUCCCAGACAUAAGCAACUCUGCUCAGCAUUUUUUUUAAAUUAAAGGUAUAUGAUAUGCCUUAGAUCUGAUGAAUGGGUACUUGAAUAUAUUCAGAUCUGAGGUUUAAAAAAAUUCAUUUCAAAUACUGGAGAUAAAUGCUGAAGAGCUUACUUAUGAAAAACUAGCAAGUAAACUGCUUCCCUACCUUGAGCAGCUUAAGUACCACUGCCUCCUUGACAUCAUCCCAGUACUACAUUCUAUCUCUGAACAUCCAUAGCUCUUUGGUUGUACUUAUCUUAGGGAAGGUACCACAUACAACACUAUAUUUCUAUGUUUCUCUCUUUCCUAGUAGAGUAUAAGUCCUUUGAAAUAAUUCUAACUUUUGUGUCCUGUGCUGCAAGCAGCAUAGCAGAACAUGUGAGUUCCUACUACCUACCAGGCACUUCAUGGGCAUAGAAACUACACAAAAAUUAUUCAGUGAUACCCACAAGGAACCUUGUCUGUAAGAAAAUAUUAAUUACAUAAAUUGUAUAAGUACCAUAUCUGUAAAUACCAGCUAUCACUUGCUAGUUUUUCAUAAGUAAGCUCCUCAGAAUUUAUCUCCAGUAUUUGAAAUGAAUUUUUUAAAACCUUGGAUCAGAUCUCAAACACACUCAUAUUUCAACAAAUCUAAGACAUAUUAUAUACCUUUAUUUUUAAUUAUUUAUUUUUUUGAGAUUGAGUUUUGUUCUUGUGCCCAGGCUGAAGUGCAAUGGC